CUCGGCGGGACCGAUCGCUCGGCGCUCGGCGCUCGGGGCUGCGCAGCGCCGUCAUGGCGGCCCCCGGGCUGGAGGAGCGGGCCCUGUUCGCCGAGGGGGUGCGGGCGGUGCUGGGGGGAUGGGCCGCGCUCCAGCUGGCCGUGGCGCAGGGUUUCGGGGGGCCGCAGGGCCCCGAAAAAGCCGCCUGGUUGGUGGGAGCCGUCCAGGAUUAUUUCACCCAAAACGCCGGGCUGGGGGAGGAGGAGGUGGAGGAGUUUCUGGCCGAGGUGAUGGACAACGAGUUCGACACGGCCGUGGAGGACGGCAGCUUGCGGCAGGUGAGCCGGGAGCUGGUGACGCUCUUCGCCCGGGCCAGCCGGGGGGACGCGGGGGGGGUGGGGGAGGCACUGGGGGCUCUCGCCCGCCGCGGCCCCGCCCUCCGCGCCGCCCUGGCCGCCGCCCGCCCGGGCGGGGACCCCGCCCCACCCCACGCGGCCCCGCCCCACGCGGCCCCGCCCCGCGAGGGGGAGGGGGACGACGGCAGCGAGGAGGAGGAGGAAGAGGAGGAGGAGGAAGAGGCGAUGGAGUGCGGGACCCCCCCGCCCCCCCCCGACGGCUGGACCCUGGUGCGGCGGCGGCGGCGCUGAGGGGGGAGGGGUCGCCCCUCCCCCACCCCACCCCCACCCCCCAACUUGGGGGCGGAAUAAAGGCCCCUCCCCCACUUGGGGGGUGGAAAGAGGA